CCUGGGGACUCAGCCCGCUCCGGAGCACUACUGGCCGGAGCCCACCUGUCCUCCAGCUUCGGAUCCACAGACGGUAUCAGGACCCAAGCGUCUUGGGGUCCCUCACCACCUCUCCAGUCUUGGAUCCAGAUCCAUGGGUCUCGGCUAUGGGCCCUGCUCUGGCCCCAGCCUCGCCCUCGGGUCCCACUCCUUUCUUCUUCAGUCCUGGGGACCUGCUGCCUGAAUCAGAAUAUGGCCCUUGGAAGUCUCUGAAGGAGUCUCCCAAGAUCUCCCAACACUGGGGAGAGCCCAAGCCAAAGGGGAACUUGACAUACCACCAAUACAUGCCCCCAGGGCCAAGACAAGAGUCCAGGGUUAACCCUCAGGCCAAAAUGUUGGCUCUGCAUCCCCCUGGACCACCUCGGUGGGAAGGGACAAACUCACAGAGGCCACCUCCUAGGAUGAAGCCCAUCCCCCUCACUCCCUCCCCUCCCGGAGCCCCCAGCCCUUCACCCUCUCCACACAAGUUGGAACUUCAGACCCUGAAACUGGAGGAGCUGACGGUCUCAGAGCUCCGGCAGCAGCUGCGCCUGCGGGGCCUCCCGGUGUCGGGGACUAAGUCGAUGCUCCUGGAGCGCAUGCGCGGCGGCGUCCAGCCCCGCGAGCGGCCGAAGCCGCGGCGCGAGGACAGUCCCGCGGACGCUCCCUGGCCGCGCCUCCGGCCCAAGGCUCUGGGAGCGGUCCGGCGGCCGGGCUCGCUCAAGUCAGGGAGGCCCUCUCACUCUCCGCUUCCUCUACGUGCGGAGGAAACCCCGGCCACUGCUCCGGCUCCGGCGCUGACCCCUGCCUCGGCACCAUCCACAGCGGCCCUGAGUCUGGAGGAGGAGCUGCAGGAAGCCAUCCGCAGGGCGCAGUUGCUUCCGAACCGGGACAUUGAUGACAUCCUGGAGGAUCAGAUGGAGCCCGAUGACCAGCUUCCCCCCAUCCCCCUGGACUUCCCAGGCUCCUUCGACGUGCUGUCCCCCUCCCCAGACUCUGAAGGCCUCUCAUCUGUCUUCUCCUCCUCGCUCCCGUCCCCCACAAACUCCUCGUCACUCUCUCCCAGGUGCCCCACGGAUUCCUUGGACUGGCUGGAGGCUCUGAGUGGGGGUCCCCUGCUAGGCUGUGGUCCCCCAGCCCCCAGCAUCUUCUCUGCUGACUUAUGUGACCCCAGUGGCACCCAGCUGUGGGACUUGCUGGAAGAUGCGUGGUGAUGAAUUCUGGGGUUUCCAGGGAGGGGGAAUUGAUGGGGAUGGGAAGGUCACAGAGGCGGACUCCCAAGGGAGGGCUGGGACAACCAGCAGAGCCCCUCCCACUACAGACACAGAAUCAGAGAACACUCUUCUCCCCACCUGGCCCCCGAACGACCCCCAACAUGUCAUCUGCCGGACUCUUACCUGCCUGACCUCCAUUUGAUCCCCUCCAUGGCUGUUUGGAUGGUGUCACUUGCUGCCGGCCACGGCAAACAAGCUACCUGCUGCUUCCUUCAGAGACCUCA